AUGUCCCAUUUAGAACGAGGUUGUGACGCGAAUUUCGCCAAAUUGCAGUGCGCCACCAAUAAACGUCACACUCCUGCUGUCGCCCAGUUCGGGUUAGACCAACAAGGUCGCGGACCACAAACGAUCUGGGAGACUGGAAUAUAUGUCCUCGUGUGUCGUCUGGUGCUGCCUGCCUCCGUAUUCCUGGAUUAUGGGAAGGAGAGGGAGUGA